GCUCUUCCUGUAUUCUUUGUGCUUCUGAAGGCCCAGCAUCAUGAGGCACUUAGUGGCACUCAUCCUGCUUGGAGUAUUUCUAAUCACAGGCAUCAACUCCAAAAUUACUGAUGCCUCCAAGAAAGGGUCACAGGAGUCUGAUGGAGCCAAUCCCAACCAGAACAAGCCCCAAGCCUGGGCAGAGUUCCAACCCACCAUAAGACACAACUCCUUUCAAAAUACUGAUGACAGUAGUGAAAUCAACUCCCACACUACUGAUGACAACUCUAAUGAUUACAGUGGUGAAAUCAACUCCCACACUACUGAUGACAACUCUGGUGAUUACAGUGGUGAUGUAACUGCCUCCACCCCAGAUACAGCUGUCACUUCUCCUGCUGUGUCACCAGAUUCAGGAGGAACAAACUAUGAUGAAUGCAGUGCAUAUGGAACUGGGUCCUUCAGAACCUUUAAUGGGACACUCUAUUACCUGCAGUCAACUUGCUUCUUAGUGUUGAGCCGUUUCAAUUCGCUUGAUCCCAAUUCUGAGUUUGACAUCAAAAUCCAGCGAGAUCAGAAUGGCAACUUCAAAAAAAUAAAAAUUACUGUGGACAAGCUUGACACUGCUAUUGAAAAUGGUGUAAUUUCAGUUGAUGGUCAAAGAGUUUCUCUUCCUUAUGAUCAGAAAUCCAUUCACAUUCAUCAUUAUGGUAUAUUUGUGAGACUGGAGAGUAGGAGAAAUUUUCUGUCAGUGUAUUGGGAACCCCAAGGAAACAACAUAGUUAAAGUCUGGGUGCAGCUUCGCUCUGACUAUCGAGGAAAAACAGUAGGAUUAUGUGGAAAUUAUGACAUACAUGAUAAUAGUAGAACACAGUUAUUACAAGAGAGUAAAGUUCCUGGCAGUGCUGAAUGUGAAACACCAGAUGAUCCAAAGGAUUGUGACAAAACCAAAAACAUGUGCAAUGAUGCUAUGUCGGCGUAUUUUUUUACCUACUGCUUCAAUUAUGAUCUGACCUUAUAUGAGGGAUAUUUAGAGCAGUGUGGAUUGGAUUCUUGCAAGUGUGCUAAUGCUGCUCAAUGUCAAUGUGCUUUCUAUGAGGAAUUAACUCGCCAGUGUCCUACUGCUAACCUCAUUGACCUGAGUAAAACACCCUGGAGGGAAUAUACAAAAUGCAAUUCACCUACUUGCCCUGAGAAACUGACAUUUACUGAGGUGGGUCCUGCAAAUCCCCCUACUUGCUCUAAUCCAUCACCCUCUAAUACAGAAAAAACAAAAACUUGUGCAUGUCCUGAAGGCACAAUUCUUGAUGACCUUAGAGGGCAGAAUAAUUGUGUAAAGAAAGAGCAAUGUCCAUGUGAAUACAACGGUGCUGUUUACCAAACAGGAGCAACUCAUAAGGCGUUUUGUGAGUUAUGUGAGUGCCAAAGUGGUAAAUGGAUCUGCAAAAAAAAAGAUUGUCCUUCUCAAUGUAAAAUUGAAGUUGGCUCCUCCAUCACAACAUUUGAUGGUAAAGCCUACACAGUGAAUGGAAACUGCGAUUAUAUCAUAGCAAUGGAUAUUAAGAAAAAAUGGACUCUAACUGCAGUACUCAAUGAUUGUGACCAGCGCAGGUGCCUCAUACAAGUGCAACUUAGUUUGAACUCAACCAUAUACAAAUUCUUAAGUGACCGUAUUACUGUUGGGGAGGAAACCAUCACUAAAAAUUACAAUUCAGAUGAUGUGGCUAUCAUUUGGCAGUCUUCACAGUAUGUUCAAGUACUGACAGCAUUUGAUAUGGACCUGCAGAUUCAGGUGGCUCCUGUCAUGCAGCUUUAUGUAACAUUACCCGUGGAUACUAAGGGCUCCAUCAACGGUCUCUGUGGCAACGUCAAUGGCAUAGUUACAGAUGAAUUCACGGCGUGCUCUGGAAUUAUGGAAUCAACAGCCGAUGCCUUUGCCAAAUCCUGGGCAACAAAUGCUGAAUGUAAACCUCCAUCCCCAACACCGUGCAUCAGAUCAGAUAAUGAAAAAUAUGCAAAUGAAAAGUGUGCUCUUCUCAAGGACCCCAAUGGAGUGUUUGCCAAAUGCCACUCUCAUGUUAGUUAUGACAGUUAUAUUAAAGACUGUAUUGCCAGUACCUGCAACUGUGAAAAUGUAAAUGAAUGCUUAUGUACUGCUUUGGAAAACUAUGCAAAAGAAUGUUCUAGAAAAGGUCUGCGUAUGACAGGAUGGAGAGGAGAUCAGUGUGUUCCUGAAUGCCCCAACAAUCAGAAAUUCUCUUACAAAAUAGUGUCCUGUAACAGUACUUGCAGCUCACUUUCAGGAAAUGACAUAUCUUGCAAUAUGAAUGUCAAUCCAGUUGAAGGCUGUGGCUGCUCGGAAGGACUAUAUAUGAAUAAUGAAGAAAAAUGCGUCUCAAAGAUAGAAUGUCCGUGCUACUCUAAUGGUAAAAUUGUAAAUCCUGGGAAGACAAUAAUUAAUGGACAAGAAUGUCACUGUGAAAAUGGAGUUCUUCAAUGUACACUUCCAAGGACAUGUGAUAACAACAAAGAAUAUAUAUAUUGUUGGAACAACACCAGUAUCCCAUCUGAAAAAACAUGUUCCCAUUCAUCAUUACCUACCAUAUAUACUACAUGUGUAAGUGGCUGUUACUGUGUAGACGGAUAUUAUAAAGAUGAUACAGGCAAUUGUGUGCGACUAGAUCAGUGUACCUGUAAGUAUGGAAACAAAGUCUACAGUCCUGGAGAAAGUGUUCAAAAUGACUGUAAUACAUGCACUUGCAAUAAAGGAACAUGGACUUGCACACAUCGAGACUGCCAAAAGAAGUGCCAGGUUUAUGGUGAUGGACACUACCAGACAUUUGAUACGCAAUGGUACAGCUUUGAUGGAAACUGUGAAUACAGCUUUGUUGAGGAUUAUUGUGGUGACUCAAAAGGCACAUUUCGAAUAACUGUAGAAAGUGUUCCUUGCUGUGAAGAAGCUUUGACUUGUUCAAGAGCGGUGAAAAUUGCACUCCAGGGCAAAGAAAUAGAAUUGAGAGACUUGGAGAUGAAGGAGAAGACAACUGACAGUUCAGUAGAACAGAUAGAUUACUCUGUUCACACUGUUGGACUAUAUUUAAUCAUCACAUUUUCCAAUAACAUUACCCUAAUGUGGGACAAGCACACACGAGUUACUGUUACACUGCAGUCCAACUGGAUGAACAAAGUAUGUGGUCUCUGUGGUAAUUUUGAUGGAAACUCAAUGAAUGAUCUUCAGACCAGAGCGAACUCAGUGGUGACAAACACCCUGGAAUUCGGAAACAGCUGGAAAAUGGAAAGAUGUUCCAAUGUUGUAAACCAAUCAUUCCCUUGUGAGAAACACUGGUAUUGCGCUGCCUGGGCCCAAAGAAGGUGCAGCUUAAUUAAAGAUACAAUCUUUCAAGAAUGUCAUUCAAAGGUGGAUCCCCAGCCUUACUAUGACAUAUGUGUACAAGAGUCAUGCGUAUGUGAAAUGGAGGGAAGGUAUCUGGGUUUUUGCACUGCUGUAGCUGCAUAUGCUGAGGCUUGCAAUGAAGCAAAUGUCUGCGUGGAUUGGAGAACACCUGACCGCUGCCCUGUCUACUGUGAUUACUACAAUGAGCCUGAUGGACGUAGUUGGAAUUAUGAACCUUGUGGACCACGACAAGUAAAGACGUGCAGCAAGAACACUGACAAAGAGUUCUAUUCAUCAAAACUUGAAGGCUGCUAUGCUAAAUGCACAAAUGAAGAUUUAUAUUUUGAUGAAAACACAAUGAAAUGUACAACUUUGGAAAAUUGUAUUUGUAUCUACAAUGGAAAACCUGUAGUGCCUCAUCAAAAAAUAUGGAUUAAUAUUUAUAAAUAUUGUGAAUGUAUAAAUGGCACAAUUGUUUGUUACGAAAUACCACCUGAACCUGGUAAUUCAACAACAUCACCAGUAACACCUACUGGAUCAACCACAUCACCAGUAGUAUCAACGACAACCACUACAACUGGAUCAACCACAUCACCAGUAACACCUACUGGAUCAACCACAUCACCAGUAACACCUACUGGAUCAACCACAUCACCAGUAGUAUCAACGACAACCACUACAACUGGAUCAACCACAUCACCAGUAACACCUACUGGAUCAACCACAUCACCAGUAGUAUCAACGACAACCACUACAACUGGAUCAACCACAUCACCAGUAACACCUACUGGAUCAACCACAUCACCAGUAGUAUCAACGACAACCACUACAACUGGAUCAACCACAUCACCAGUAACACCUACUGGAUCAACCACAUCACCAGUAGUAUCAACGACAACCACUACAACUGGAUCAACCACAUCACCAGUAACACCUACUGGAUCAACCACAUCACCAGUAGUAUCAACGACAACCACUACAACUGGAUCAACCACAUCACCAGUAACACCUACUGGAUCAACCACAUCACCAGUAGUAUCAACGACAACCACUACAACUGGAUCAACCACAUCACCAGGUACGUUCUGUUUGCCAAUUUGUUUUUUCAGGAUUCUUAGAGAACUUUAUGUGUUUUCUUUUGUUAUUAUUUUUAUUAUUCUUAAAAUGAAAAUUGCAAUGGCUUCCAUUUCGCGUUACUUUUUCCCCCUAUGGCUGCCAUUAUUGUGUGCCCAGCGGGUUACAAAGUGCUUGUCACCUGACUCAGAAUAUGUACAACUCGUGAAGCGUAACCUGAAGUUUUCAGUACAGUAUUACUGUUUUCAUUUAGAGGAUGAAACUGACAGUAUUUUUGCAUCUAUUCAGCUAGAAGAAGUAUUGGUUUCAGCUAUGUACCCAAACUAG